CUUAUCCCUGAUGAUGGAACUCAAAUCAAGGUUAUCAUUUAUUUUCCCUCUUUUAUACGUUUUGUUUGGUGACCUAACUUCAUUAUUGUAGAUGUGUAUAGUCCCCACCCAUAUUCAAAUAUUUAAACAAACAAAUAUGACCAAUAGACGAAGAAUAAAACCAUAAAAUGAGGAAGCAACCGAGUUAGAGUCAACAACCACGAUACAGAAAGUGAUAGUGACAUUCCGUUCUGGAGAUGGAUGCAAGCAUGACUUCUCAGUAUGUUUUUCACCUAAUACUUGCUGGACUGAUGGGAAUUCACAGUGAAAUUGUGACAGUGGGGAAAGUGUCUGUCAAGGCCGGAGGAUCCAUCUCCAUCCCAUGUCUCUAUGAUCAGAGCUACAAAAACCAUGUGAAAUACUUGUGUGAAGGUCGGCCUUUCUGGUCCUGCUCCAUAAUAGUUGAGACAACAACAACAACAACAACAACAACAAAGAAGAACAUGAUUUCAGGAAGGUUCUCAAUCUCUGAUGACACAAACCAAGGAAUCUUUACCGUGACUAUCAACAAAUUGACGGAUGAGGACACUCAGAGUCAUUACUGGUGUGCUGUGAAGAUUAGAAGGAGUUUGGAUGUAAAAAAAGAACUCCAGCUUUCAGUCACCAGCACAGGUGUGCCAAGUCUAUAUGUGGACCAACAGGAAAUCAGCGCCUUUGAUAGAGGAAGUGUGACUAUCAGAUGCUACUAUAAAAAUCCCUCCAAAAAAAAGUGGUGCAAGCUGAACGGGAUGUGUGUGACCGAUGGGCGUGGAUCAAUUGAUGGAACAACAGUGACCAUCAAUGCAAGUGUCUCCAAUGUCUUCAGUGUGACUAUGAGUGGACUGAGGGCGGAGAGCAGCGGCUGGUAUUUUUGUCUCAACGGAGAAUUUGAGAUGCCAGUGCGAGUGACUGUUCAUGAGUUACCUGCUACUACUGCAACCACAAUCAUCCCCCAUACACCAAUCUUUACAGAAACGUCUCCAACUACUACGCAGCAUUCCUCUCCGUGUACCAGUGCAAAACCGCAUACAGCCCAUCCCACCAACUCCACCCUGAAUGGGACAUUGGGAGACAGCCUGCAAGAACACACGAGUUCUACCAAGGUUAUGAUUAUCACCACCACCCUCUUUUUACUGCUGUUGGUUUUUCUCAUGGCCUGUUUUGGAUGGAGGACAGUGAUGAAGAAAUGCAAUAAGACCAAGCCUGAGCACUCUGAUGGAACUGUGGGCUCACAAAUUGGGAGUAAUCCUGACGCACAUUACUCCACCAUCGCUGAUACUCAACAUGCAGCAGCCCAGCAGCAGCAGAGAAAUAUACCGGAAGAGAGUUUGACAUACAGUACUAUUGUAAUGAAGGAUGGCAUGCAACAAAUGACUGAACCAGUAGAAGGAAGUGUGACAUAUAGUACCGUUGUAAUAAAGGAUGGAGUGCGACAAAUGACUGAACCAGUAGAAGGAAGUGUGAUCUACAGCACACUACAGAUUCAGAGAAUGUAAGGACAUUAAUCCUGCAAUCUGAUGAAGUAAUUCUGCUGUGCACUGAAUUUGAAAUAUCUUUCAACAUUCAGUACUACUCAUUAUUGUGUGUGCAAGAGAUGUGUUGAGAUAAUUAUUUGGCAUUAUGAUUAUGCUUUUGGCAUUGGUUAUGAAUCUAGAUUGUUUUGCUAUGUAUUGCUAGUGUUGGUUACAUGCGCUGAAGAGAUAUCUGCCUUCUCUCCAGCGUAAUGGAACCUGAUGUCGUUCGACUUGUGGUGCUUAAAUAGCCCACAAGCCGAACGCCAUAGUGUUUAUGAGUUUUCAUCCCCAAUGAUCCACACAAUGGCUUCAAUGUGAUCCUCUACAUACCGCCACAAUAUCUUUCAUUCAUAUUUUCACUUCAUCAGUAAUCUCCAGCACAUCUGGAUUCAUUUGAGUUGGAUAACUUUGGGGUGCAAUGUUGGGCAUAAUGAAGAAAUGGCAGACUCAAAGAAAUUAAGCUAAACAAUGUAACAGGUGUUACUCUUUAUUUUUGUGCAAAUAAAACCUGAAAAUUAAAAAAAAGAAAUCAGUACUAUUA